AUGGAAUUUCCCUUCGAGGACGAGGACGAGGACAGCCCGUAUCCCGAAGUACGCGCAUCCGUGUCAAAUAUAGACGACCCGGAGAUGCCCGCCAUGACACUCCGGAUGUGGGGCAUCGGAAUGGUGCUGACGCUUGCUGCUGGGUGUGCAAAUCUGUUCUUCAAUUUCCGACAACCAGCGCCAUCAAUCGUGUCCAACGUUCUGCUCCUCCUCGCACACCCUGUCGGCAAGCUCCUGGCGCUGACGAUGCCGAUACGAACGUAUCGAUUGCCUCGUUGGCUGGGUCCUCUCGGCAACUAUGAGUUCUCGCUCAACCCUGGGCCGUGGAAUAUCAAGGAACACGCCCUGGUGUACAUCAUGGCCAACGUGUCGAUCGGAGUGCCGACUGCGCUGAACGCUGUGGUCGUGGCGGAGAUCGACUAUGGGGUGAAGCUCGGCUACGGAUUCAAUGCGCUGCUGAUCCUCGCGACGCAGCUGACGGGCUUCUCGCUGGCGGGCCUGUGCCGGCGGUACCUGGUGUGGCCUGCGAGCAUGGUGUGGCCGCAGAAUCUGAUCGUGUGCACGCUCCUGAACACGCUGCAUGCGGAAGAGGAGGAUGCGCGGGGAGGGAUUACGCGGUUCAAGUUCUUCUGCUAUGCGGCGGUGGGCUCGUUCUUCUGGUUCUUCCUCCCUGGGUACCUAUUCACGGCACUGUCGACGUUCUCGUACAUUUGCUGGAUCAAGCCGCAGGACGUGGUCAUCAACCAGCUGUUCGGUGUGUCUGGGGGGCUCGGGAUGGGCAUCCUGACGUUCGACUGGGCGCAGAUUACGUGGAUAGGCAGCCCUCUGAUGGUGCCAUGGUGGGCCGAGGUGCAGAUCUUCGCUGGGUUCUUCAUCGUGUACUGGCUGCUGUGCCCUAUCCUCUAUUACACCAACUCGUGGGACUUGUCGUACUUUCCGCUCAUGGCGAACCAACCGUACGACCGGUUCGGGCAGCCGUACAACAUCACGCGCGUGCUCACGCCGGAGCAGACGUUCGACCAGACGGCGUUCGAAAACUACUCGCCGCUGUACCUGCCUGCGUCGUUCGCGAUCACGUACCUGAUCGCGUUCGCGCUGUCGUCGGCGAUGAUCGUCCACACGGUGCUCUACCACGGGAAGACGGUGCUGCACGGGCUGACGCAGACGCGGAUCGAGAAGGACGACAUCCACGCGAAGCUCAUGCGGGCGUACCCGGAGGUGCCGGAUUGGUGGUACAUGCUGACGUUCAUUGCGUGCUUCGCCCUCGCGAUCGUCACAGCGGAGGUUUGGCAUACGGAGAUUCCGGUGUGGGCGUUGAUUCUCGCGAUCGCGCUCCCGGUGACGUACAUGAUCCCGUCUGGAUACGUCUACGCGUUGACUGGCCAGAAUAUCACGAUCAACCUGCUUGCGCAGAUUAUUCCGGGUAUGAUCCUGCCUGGCAAGCCGCUGCCCAACAUGAUCUUCAAGGCGUAUGCGGUGCAGACCCUCGCAGAGGGCACAGCCUUCGUACAAGACCUGAAGCUCGGCCACUACGUGAAGCUCCCUCCACGCGCGACGUUCGUCGUCCAGCUUGUGUCGACGACGCUCGUGGGCCUGCUGCAGGUCGGCGUGAAGGAGUGGAUGUUCUCCAACAUCAAGGACAUCUGCCAGCCGAACCAGAAGGACUCGCUUACGUGCCCGCACAAUCAGGUGCUGUACACGACGUCCGCCAUCUGGGGCUUGAUUGGGCCCGCCAGGCAGUUCGGAACAGACUCCAUCUACCACCCGCAGCUGUACGCAAUCGCGAUUGGGGCGGUCCUUCCGUUGCCGUUUUGGCUAUGGCAGAGGCGGUGGCCCAACAAAUGGAACAAGUUCGUGAACCUGCCGAUCGUGCUAAACGGGAUUGGGUUGAUUCCGCCAGCUACGGGAAUCAACUACUCGUCGUGGUUCCUCGUCGGGUUCAUCUUCCAGUUCCUAGUCCGGAGGAGGAACUUUGUGUGGUGGAGCAAGUUCAACUACGUGCUGACGGCGGCCUGCGACUGCGGGACGGUGCUGUCAGUGCUGUUCAUCUUCUUCACGCUGCAGUUCCCCAAGGGCGGGUUCUUCGUGAAUUGGUGGGGGAAUACGGUAUAUCUAAAUACUGCCGACAACCUGCAUUCGCCGUUAAGGACACCACCCGAAGGCGGCAUCAGGUAG